AUGUAUAAUAAGAUGUGGCAUGAGACCCAAGAAGCCCUCAAUUCUUUGCUCGAUAAAGAGUCUCAGAUGAUAGAACCGCAAAGAAAUCAAGUGUCCAUCUUCCAGAUGUUGGCCACCUACUACAUUAAGUACGUGCAGAUCUUUAGAAACCUGGAGAAUGUCUACGACCAGAUCGUCCACCCACAGAAACGAAGACUGAUCCGAAAAAUACUGGAUGGAGUGAUGGGUCGCAUCCUGGAACUGAAGAAUGAAAUGGUGGAAUUGGAAUUAACCGAGUUUCAUUAUUUUGAUGACAUCUUACAGGAUCUAAAUUUGGCUCCCCAACAAUUAGAUAUUCCCAUACCCAAGUAUUUUUUGAAGGAGAAGAUGGAAGUAAUAAAAGGAAGAGAGAAAAUCCUUGCUCAAAUAUUAGCCGACAUUGGAUUAGAUGUAACUGACACGAAAUACCAUAUAAAGGGUAUCCCCCUAGAAGAGGCUGUUAAAGUAAUCCAGAUCGCCGAGAGGGCACGACAGGGUCGCCUAAGAGCAACGUUCAUGAAGCAAAUCUUUCUUCAAGAAUAUAGGGCAAAGCAAGCCAGGAUACUUGGCGAGAGAAUAGCAGAUGUGGGGGCUGCUGCCUUACGUAUUCAGAAGGUUUGGCGAGGCUUCCAUCAAAAUAAGAAAACCGAAAGAGAGAGAGAAGAGGAGAUGAUAUUCCUGGGUAUGAGUCCGCCUCCUCUGUUUAGUGAAGUCAGUGCUACAGUAAUCCAGGCUGAAAAAGUGACCCGCCUGCGGGAUGAGGUGCAGAUCAAGCAUGAAGAGGACUACAGAGAAGCCCUGGUUACAAUCAAGGACGACCUGAAACUAGUGGAAGGUCCAGACAUCAAGGAGAACCUUCAAGAACAGAUCCGGCGUUGGUUCAUCGAAUGCAGGAACUUAACUGGCACAUUUCCUGACUACCCUAAAGAAGAGGAAGGAGGGUCCGCUAUUAUUUUUUCUAACAAGACCCCACAACAGGUCAUUGAUGAUAUUAUUGCAAACCAAGAAGAAGAGGAAAAAAACAAAAAGAAGAAAAAGGAAAAGAAACCCAAGAAAGCCAAAAAAGAUAAGGGAAAGAAAGAAACAAAGGAAAAAAAUAAGGAAGAAGAUGAGGGGUGGAAAAUGUCACCAAGUGUUUUCCUUCAUACGAUGGAGGAAGGAAAUAACGUGUACAAAGACAUGUGGAAGAAUAAAGAUGAAUCGUGGAAUUUCCCCCAGGAUUAUGACCCGGAACUGAUCAAAGAGGAGAAGCGGAAGGAACUGGAGUCAGAAAUCCGGGUGCAGGUUGAUGAGUUGAUGAGACAAGAACUAAAAAACUUAAAACUAGCUGUGAACAGAGAAAAGGAAUUACCAGUCAAAACAGGAAAGAAAGGAGGGAAAACGAAAAAGAAAGAGAAGAAAGGCAAAAAAGGGGAAAAGGGGAAGAAGGAUAAAGAUCUGACGGCUGACAGGACCAUUGAAUCUCUAUAUAAGGAGCUGGUGGAAGAAGGGUUACUGAUCCAGUCUCUGAAAGUCAACCUCUCUGAUUACAUUGGUGAGUACAGCUACCUGGGGACCACUCUUCGCCAGGAGUCCAGAGAGCCUAUGCCUUCCCUCCUGGAUGUCAGACAGCUCAUCGCCCUCUAUGGGAUCUUGCCACUAGGUUCUGCAGCAGUGCAUGAGAAAGCUCCUUUGGUGAAAUCCCUGCUGUUGGCCGGGCCAUCGGGGGUAGGGAAGAAAAUGCUGGUCCACGCCAUCUGCACCGAAACGGGAGCCAACCUCUUUAACUUAUCUGCAACUAACAUUGCUGGGAAAUACCCUGGCAAAAAUGGCCUCCAAAUGAUGCUGCAUGUAGUCUUCAAGGUGGCCCAGCAGCUCCAGCCCUCCGUGAUAUGGAUUGGAGACACAGAGAAAACCUUCUACAAAAAAGUUCCCAACUCCGAAAGGAUGAUCGAACCGAAACGCCUGAAAAAACAGCUCCCUAAAAUCCUGAAACUCCUAAAACCAGAUGACAGGAUUCUGAUUGUGGGGACCACACAGCGUCCUUUCGAUGCUGAACUUCAAUCAUUUUGCAAAGUUUACCAAAAAAUUAUUUUGAUUCCCAGACCAGACUAUGCUUCCAGAUACGGCAAGUACCCCUCGCCCCUUCCCAUGGUGGGUAACUGAGGCUGAGCC